UUGUCAAGAUAAUGAGGAAAAACUACACAUCAGCUCGAUUUUUAAUCAAAGUUUUAACUUUGAUUAUCCUUUUAGUGAAUUCUAUUUAUGUUAUUCAAGUUUCGGAUGCAUCAAUGCGAACACUAGAUAGAGACGAAUGGUGGAGUGCCAUAAAGUACGAUGACAAACCACGUAUUUUUAAUUGGAAGCAACAUACUCCAUGCCCGGCUAAAUAUUUCUACCUAGAUUGUGAUGAUUGCCGUUGCAUACGUGGGACUUUAGGAGGCUGUACUAAAAUGGGUUGUAGUACUCCACAAAUAUUGAAUUAUGCGGACGGAAUGGAAUGUCCAGCUGGAAAACCCUUUUAUUCUAAUUGUAACGACUGCACUUGCCAUGAAGAUGGAAAAUCAGCAACAUGCACAGAAAGAGAAUGUCCAGAGCCAGAAGAAAGAUAAGAUGGCUAUAUCCAAACGGUAGAAAAUUUUGGUCAAUCAAAAUAUCGUCAAUACUACAGAUUCGUCGCAUGAAUUGGUAACAAAGCGUGAUUAAGAAAAUCUAUCUCGGUAAAUUCAAGUUAAAAGUAAACAAACUGUUUACUGUAAAUUAAUUAUUUAGUUUUCUUGUAAAUUAAUACAUCUCGUUUCCUUCCAACAAUCCAAAUAAACAAAUC